AAUGAAAAGAAAAUAGGGGAGAGAACCUUCGCUUUCUGGUCGUUUAUUCCAGCCAUGGACUCAUCUCCUACAAAAAGCGUAGCUUUUUCUUCAUUACUAUUGUUGUGGUUAUUAUUAAAUUUUUUUCUAGGGCUUCAGAGCUGUACAAAUCACUUCUUUGAAUUUUCAACUUUCAGCGAUUUGAUCGAAGAUCUUCUUCACUCGAUCUCUUUCAUCCUUCUCUCAUUUCUGUUUGUGCGACUCUGCAGUGCGGUGGAUGAUGAUGACGACGACGACGACGAUAUGUGUUUGACUUCGAUAUUCACGUCUAGUUUCUAUCAAGUCUCGACGGAUAUGAACCAACUAUAUGGCUGUAUCUUUUGCGGACAGUGCAACGUUGGAAUUCCAUGGAGUAAGACAUAAAUGGAAUAUUAGAGCAGUUGCAGCUUUUGGGUGGACCUGCUGUCUGCAUGGGAGGCCUAUUUCAUCUUUUUGAUUUCAAUCAAAGCAGCAUGGCCAGAAAAGUUCUUGCACAUAAGAGGCAUGUGGGCGGCUUGGAAGCUCCUCGAAACAGCUUGGAGUUGCCAAUAGAAACUUCUCAGGGCUAUUAUGCUGUAGGAGACAGUGUGCCGAACUCUUACCAAGUGCAACAGGACUGGGCAGGAAAGAACUGUCAUCCAACUGAGGCUUCAAUGAAGAAGUUGAUCAAUCAGGAGAUGUCCAAACGAUCAAACACCAGACACAACACACCAAGUAUUGUGGCCCGGCUGAUGGGAAUGGACAUGUUACCACUGGAUACAAAAUCGGUAGUUCAGCCAAUUGAAAAAAGGAAUGUAGCUGAAAUCAAUUUUUCAAAGAAGGGACGGGAACGGACUGAAAAUGGCUCCAUUGGCCAUGCCCCUCUUAACCCAAAUUCUUCCAGGCAGAUGGAGUGCAACUCAUUUCACCGCAAUAAAGACAGAGAUCCUGAUCGAUCAAGCAGGAACCAGAAGUUGGGAAAACCAAGGCCUCGUGAACAUCCACAGGAGGAGGAACUACAGAAGUUCAAGAAAGAGUUUGAAGCAUGGCAAGCAGCCAGGUUUAGGGAAUGUGCAAGUGUUGUGGAGCUUGACAGCAUUCCUAGGAAGCUGCUUGCUCAAGAGAACCUCAACAAGGAAAAGAGGGCUAUUUAUUCUAAUUCUGGAAUAAUAGCAAAUGAGAAGCCUGUAGAACUUAAGGGUAAUGACAUUAAAGCAAGGUAUCAUGGAAGAAGUGGUCUGCAACAUAAUGGACAUAAACUGGAACUAUACCCAGAUGAGCAGAAGGAAUAUUUUUCUUUAAGUAGAUCCACAAGCAGAGACUUUGAUCAGUCCCCCAUGAUGAAUUGUGAUAAGAAACUGGAAAAAUCUUCUGCCCCCACAAGGAUAGUGAUCCUAAAGCCUGGUCCUGAUAGGAUUGGCAACACUGAUGAGUCUUGGGCCAGUUCCUCAGGUACUUUAGAGGAGAGAGAUAGCAUAGAAGAUUUUCUUGAGGAGGUGAAGGAAAGGUUGAAACAUGAACUCCAAGGGAAAACUCGUAAGAGGGUUACAUUGGUCAGAGGAGGUGGAAUUGAGACCCCUUUUAGUGAAAGGCCAUCAGAACCAAAACAAAUAGCUCAGCAUAUAGCAAAACAGGUUCGAGAAAGUGUUACCAGGGACCUUGGAAUGAAUUUGCUUCGAUCGGAAUCAACUAGAUCAUAUAGAAGUGAAAUUCAGUUAAAUGGAUCAGGUUCCCCAGAGUUCAUCAACAGAGAUACUAGGAAAUUCUUGUCAGAGAGGUUGAGGAAUGUUCUAAAGAGAGAAACACAUCAGGAUAUCCCCAUAGUUGUCAACGGCAGCUCAAGGCCGUCAAUGUUAGAUUAUGAAAGGAACAGACUAGAACAGACAGGGGAUAACUUGAAGGCUGGAAACAGGAUGAACCACUGGGAGAAUGUCAACAAUGAAGCAGAAAUGCAAACUAGAUCUUUCAGACAUGGGCCAGAUGAUGAUGCAGUUAUCCACAGAGAAUCGUCUCCUAGGAACCUCAUUAGAUCUUUAUCAGCCCCAGUAUCUGGAACAUCAUUUGGGAAGCUCCUUCUAGAGGACCGCCGCAUUUUAACUGGUGCUCAUAUAAGGAGGAAGCAUGAAGUCACUGAAAACUUGUCAGUGGAUGUGAAGAAAGGGAGCAAAGAAAAAUUUAAUCUAAAAGAAAAGGUUUCGAAUUUCAAAUAUAGUUUCACAUUUAGAGGGAGGUUAUUUGGCAGAAAGAUUCAGUCAGCAGUGGAAUCAUGUGGAAUCGAACAUGAUCCCAUGAAAGACAUCAUGAGCGGACCAACGGUUAUUAUGAAUUUGGGUGACCGGCAUGAGAACUCCACUGAGGUGCCUCCAAGCCCUGCAUCAGUGUGCAGCAGUGCUCAUGAAGAAUUCUUCAGACCUGGUGAUUAUGUCAGUCCAGUAUCAACACCGGAUUUACCUUUGGUAGAAGAUUACCCAGUACCACAUCUUUUUAGGGAGAUCAGCUCUAACCUUAAUGAGCUUCGGAGGCAACUAGACCAACUUGGAUCCAAUGGGUCUGAGGACACAACAAUUGACGAGGAACCACCAGAGGUUGAAAUAAUUGAAUUGGAGGACCAGGCAGAGGCUUACAUAAGAGAUCUGCUUGUUGCUUCUGGUUUCUAUGGUGGAUCAUCUGAUACAGUUUUAUCAAGAUGGGACCCACUUGCAAGGCCUAUCAGCAACCGGGUCUUUGACAAGGUGGAAGAGUCCUACAAAAAAUUGGCUAAGGAUAGCGAAGGGUCCCCAGAGGCUGACGGUGAGAAGAAGGUAGAUCACAAAGUGUUACUUGAUUUAUUGAAUGAAGCACUUUCGACUGUUCUUGGACCGCCCGUGGGCAUGUCCAGAUUCAGAAGAAAAUUUAUGGGUUCUACUAUGUUGUCUGCUCCACAUGGAAAGAAAUUACUGGAUUGUGUAUGGGAGAUUAUCCGUGUGCAUGUGUACCCUCCAGCUGACAAAUCUUGUUACUCGCUUGAUAGUAUGGUGGCUAGGGAUCUGGGUUCAAUUCCCUGGUCCGGACUGAUUGAUGAUGAGAUGAAUGCUCUGGGAAGAGAUAUGGAAUCUAUGAUUAUUGGAGGUCUGGUUGAUGAAAUUGUGAAGGAUAUGCUGUUAUAAUGAUGUGUGAGCAAGAGAGACUCUUAACAUCCUUGGAUGUGACCAUUCUCAUGGUCACUUGAUCCAGUGUCGGCAGAGAGAGACCGAGGGAAUUCAGUUCUUAAUGGUGUGGCUGUGUAUGGAGGCGGCGGCCUGUACACGAUAACAAAAAAGAAAAAUCCAGAAUGGGAAUUGCCACAUUUUCUGACAGAGAUGGGAGAUUAAACGUGCGUGUAUAUAUAUAUAUUGUUUGUGGAUUUUUGUGAUAUAGGUUUUGGAUUGAAUCAGGGUUACAGGUGAAGUCGUACAUGAAUUUCAUGUAUUAUUAGAUGAUAUAUAUAUUUUUUUCAUAAUUUAAUCUAUCAUUUAUUUCGAA